AGCUUUGUAAAUAUGCUGGGAGAUGCCGGUUCCAAGGAUGAGUUCAAGCUCAAGGCGGCCCAGGAGCUGAGCGAACAUUUUGAGCUCAUCACGCAGUGCAGCGGUUAUCAAAACUUCCUAGAACUAGCGAUGCGCGUGUUUCUCAAGGUGCUCCAGGAUGGUGAACCGAUGUUUAUUUCCGAAUUGAAUAUGCAACAGGUGCGCAAACUGAUUCUGGAAAUGAUUCACCGUCUGCCGCAGAGUGAGCUUGUACGUCCAUUCGUAAAGCCCAUCAUUAUACUCACCAUCAAGCUGCUACAGACGGAAAAUGAGGAAAAUGUUCUCGUUUGCCUCCGCAUUAUUGUGGAUAUACACAAGCAAUAUCGGCCACCAUAUCACAUGGAAAUACACGACUUCUUGACGUUUUUGAAGAAAAUCUAUACCAAUCUGCCUAAACACAUGGGCGUCAUGUUCGAACCCCGGCAACCGAUCAAAGUUAAGGACCUCAAGGAUUUGAAUUUCGACACGAUUCUGCCGGAUAUUUUCACCACCACUCCCAUACAACUAGAGAAAAAGAGUGCCGACGGCAAAACAACGACUGCUUCAUAUAAUCUCAUCCCGAAAGGCAUCAACUCACUCAAAGUGUUGCAAGAGCUUCCUAUAAUUGUGGUGCUACUGUAUCAAAUCUACAAGCAAAAUCUUCACCAAGAGGUGGCAGAAUUUAUACCGCUAGUCAUGAGUACCAUUAGCUUACAACCGUCGCUUGCGCACAAAAAUUCCCCUGGGUUCAAUAAGGAAACGUACGUAGAUUUUAUGGGAGCCCAAAUUAAAACGCUCACCUUUUCGGCAUACAUUCUUCGACUCUUCUCUGAUGCGGUGCACACACACGCAUCAACGAUGGUGAAAGGGAUGAUAAACCUGCUGGAAAGUUGUCCCAAGGAGGUGGCAAGCUUGAGGAAGGAACUCCUCGUGGCUUCACGACAUAUUUUGCAGACAGAAUUUCGCAAUCAUUUUGUUCCAAUGAUUGAAAAAUUGUUUGAAGAUGAUGUGCUACUUGGUAAAGGAUGGACGACGCAUGAAAAUUUGCGACCACUUGCCUACUCAACGUUAGCCGAUCUUGUUCACCACAUCCGGCAGCAGUUAAGCCUGCAAGCCCUUUCCAAGGCGGUACAUCUCUUUGCAAAAAACAUACACGACGAAUCGUUGCCUACCAGCAUACAGACAAUGUCGUGCAAGUUGCUGCUCAAUCUGGUCGAAUGCAUCCGUAUCAAGGGUGAAGCUGAACCGGUGGUCGGUCGUGAGCUUUUGAUAACGAUGUUGCGCAUUUUCACCCUAAAGUUCCAAAGCAUCUCUAAGCUACAGCUACCCCAACUGAUGCAAAAAUGGAAAGCAAAACCACCGGAAGGCGGUUGUGGGACGCUUGCGGGUCAAACAGAACCAUUGUCUAAGGAAGUGAUAGGGGGUUGCACGGACGGACCGGAUGGCUCGGCACAGAAACCAACCAGCAUUGGGUUGCCUGCGCCAACCACCUUGAACGUGUCGGAGUACCGUAGUCUUAUCAAGACACUCGUCUGUGGUGUGAAAGCCGUCACUUGGAACUGCCCGCCACCGAAAUGGGUCAAUGCAAAUGAACACCAAGGGCACACAAGAGUGUUUAAUCCUAGUGAAAUACUCAUCUUCAUCGAUCUGUUUCACUGGGCACUGGAGGCGCUCGAUAUCUAUACCAUAAAUAUUGCUGCGCCGGGUUUGGGAAUGGCACAGGCAAUGUCGGUACAAAAGCAAACCAUGCAGAUUCCCAGAUCGAAGGAGGAAAAGGAAGUAUUAGAGCACUUCAGUGGAGUGUUUCUGACGAUGGACCCGCAAAACUUCCAGGAAAUAUUUGCCGCCACCAUCGAUUUUAUGGUCGAUCGAUUGUACAAAAACACCACGUUGCAGGUGAUUGCAAACUCGUUCCUGGCGAAUCCGAAAACGUCGCCACUAUUCGCCACAGUUUUGGUGGAGUAUCUACUCGAGCGGAUGGACGAAAUGGGUUCCAACAUUGAGCGCUCUAACUUGUACCUGCGCCUGUUUAAGUUAGUGUUUGGUAGUGUCAGCCUGUUUGCUGCCGAAAACGAACACAUGCUUCGCCCGCAUCUGCACAACAUAGUGAAUCGCUCGAUGGAACUGGCAAUGACAGCCAAGGAACCGUACAACUAUUUCCUGCUCUUGCGUGCCCUGUUUCGCUCCAUCGGAGGCGGAUCGCAUGAUUUGUUGUACCAAGAGUUUUUGCCGUUACUACCGAACCUGCUCGAGGGGCUGAAUCGUCUGCAGAGUGGGUUCCACAAGCAACACAUGAAAGAUUUGUUUGUGGAACUAUGCCUUACGGUACCAGUUCGAUUGUCCUCACUCUUGCCGUAUUUGCCCAUGCUGAUGGAUCCGCUAGUAUCGGCACUAAAUGGAUCUCAUACGCUCAUUAGCCAGGGAUUGCGCACGUUGGAACUGUGCGUGGAUAAUCUGCAGCCAGACUUUUUGUACGAUCACAUUCAACCAGUCAGGGCAGAUUUAAUGCAGGCGCUUUGGCGAACGCUCCGCAAUCAGGACAGCGCAGCCGUCGUUGCAUUCCGUGUGCUCGGAAAGUUUGGUGGCGGUAACCGGAAGAUGAUGAUUGAGCCACAAAAACUCAAGUAUCAAGACAACGACCUCGCUGCACCGGCUGUUGUGGCUUACUUCCAGGAACACCGAAAUCCAAUCAACUUCGCCGUUGAUAAGGUCAUCGAAACCGCGUUCAACGCGCUCAAGUGCAGCACGACUGAUCCGUUUUACUGGCGCCAAAGCUGGGAGGUCAUUCGGUGUUACCUGGCCGCCUCCGUCACACUGGACGAUGAUAAGCACACGCUGCAGAAGCUGUUCAUGCAUCCCAGCUUCACCGAAAACAACAUGCAAUGCGCUCCCAACGUCUCGAAUUAUAUCGCACCCGAUAAGCGGGCGCGCCUAACUCAUCAGACGGCUCUCACGGGGAUGUUUGUGGCGGCGGCAACGAAAGAACUGCGUGGAUCCGUGCUCCCAACCAUGGUGGCCGUUGUCCGCCACUACACCAUGGUGGCGAUCGCGCAACAGGCUGGUCCGUUUCCGUUGGUAAAGCACAUGCAAUGGUACAAUGGUGGCAUGGAUCCGCUCGUGUUGAUUGACGCACUGGCCGAAAUCAUGGGUCACGAGGAGAAGGAACUGUGCAAACCCGGCAACCUGGCGAUGGUGCUUAUCCUGGAGACGGCCACCAACAUCAUGGGCUCGAAGGAGCGAGCGUGCCGUUUGCCGCUAAUGAACUACUUGGGCGAAAAGAUGGCAGCCCUCUGCUACGAGCGUCCCUGGUACUCGAAAAUGGGCGGAUGCAUUGCGCUCAAGUUUUUGUAUCAAAAUAUGGCCAUGCGUUGGUUGUACCAGCACAUGUUUGUCUUCCUCAAGGCGUUUAUGUUCAUCAUCAUGGAUCUCACCGGGGAGGUCUCGAGCGGGGCCAUCGAUAUGGCGCGGACGUUUUUGGACAAGAUGUUGUCCAUAUGCAUGACACCGCUGGACAAAGAUUGCAAAAAUGAGGAGCUCCUGGCAACGCAAAAGAAGGCCAUGUUUGACGUGAUCCAUGAGUUGGUGCGGCAAGUUACAAGCCCCCACACGCUGGUGCGCGAGACGGCAAAAUCAUCGCUGCGGUUGAUUGCGAAGCUGCAGGACAAAACGGUGACAGAAGUGAUGAAUCCCCACCGGGAGGUACUCGUGGAUAUGAUACCGCCCAAGAAACACUUGCUGCGCCACCAACCGGCUAGUGCGCAAAUUGGCUUGAUGGAUGGUAACACGUUCUGUACUACGCUCGAGCCUCGGUUGUUUACUAUUGAUCUCAGCGUUUUAACGCAUAAAGUGUUUUACCACGAAGUAUUGACGCUCUCGGACGCGGAAGACGCCACGCUGAACAAACUGGAAUGCUACAAGACGGUCACAAAUUUGGUGCCGUUACGAAAAAGCGCACUAAAUGCACUCGCCGCAUGCCACUAUAUUCCAAACGGGUGCCGCGAAAAGAUCUUCGCCAUCUUGUUCAAAGCGCUGGAGAAAAACAAUGUUGAGCUGCAAGAGGCAGCAUUCCAUUGCAUGAGCAACUUUUUGCAGGGCUGCACCGUCAGUAAAGAAACGAUUCACACCGUCAUUCGUCCGCUGCUGAUGAUGCUCGGUGACCAUCGUAGCCUGACGCUAAGUGGAACACGUCGCCUUUCGUACCUAACCCAGCUGUUCCCGGCCAUGUUUAACGAAAAACUGUGCGAUUCGCUGCUUCAAAUCCUCCGCAAGAUGCUCGAGGUGACGAUCACCACCAACAAGGGCAACUUUUUGGCCACCUCCAAGACGAGCGAAGUCGAGCAGAAGAUUGUCACCAUCCUGGGCAUUUUCCAUCAGAUUCCGGCCGCUUCGCCCAAAUUUAUCGAGAGCCUGUGCAAGCUGAUACUGCAGGCAGAAAAGAGCUUAAUGAUUGAACCUUCUUCACCAUACCGGCCGGCACUGGUGAAAUUUUUGCUGCGAUAUCCAAAGGAAACGAUUGAACUGUUGCUGAGCGAUGUCGUAAUGAAGGAUGCGCAGUGGAAUCGGUUCACCAUCAUGCUGUUGCGACACAAGGACGGAGCACCAUUCCGUAGUGCUGCCCAACUGAAGGGUUCUCGGUUGACGCACGUCAUCAUGCUUAACUCGGAAUCGUCAGCUGGAAGCAAACCGCUGGAGGAACGAUACGAAUCGCAACACCAGGCAGUGCUAAUCAUCCACACGCUGAUUGAAUUUGAUGGUCCGUGGAUUACGGGACAGGCGGAAAUUGUGGGCGCACUAAAAAGCAUCUGGAAGAAUGAUUUGUAUAAGACAUGCCAAACGAUGGUGGUUUGCGAUUUGUGGCACUUGAUUGCCAAAAUUCUCAUCGAAUACUUCUCUUACAAUACCAACGAAAUUAUGCUGCUGUUCGAGCUGCUGCGGGCGCUCUGCUUGCGGUUCGUGCCCGACUUCCAGUUUAUGCGAGACUUUGUGCAAAACACCGUGUGUCAGAGCUACACCGUCGAGUGGAAGCGAAAGGCCUUUUUCCAGUUUGUGGAUGUGUUUGGUAGCCCGGAGCUAGCGCAGGACCUCAAGGCAAAGAUACUAACCGUCGUCAUUAUACCGAGCUUUGCGCUGAGCUUUGAAAAGGGCGAAGGCAACAAGCUCGUUGGUGCUCCUCCUGCCCCAUAUCAGGAGGAUGAUAGCAAUGUGGUUUCGGUGUUCAUUAACAAGGUGAUUGAUCCAGACAAACCAUUCGCCAACGAGGACUGCGUGCGAAUCGCGUUGUUGCAGUUUGCCAGUUUGCUUGUCGAAAAGGCGUCCCCACACAUUCACGACGGUGAUGCAAAUAACAAGCGCGAAGGAAACAAGCUGCGCCGGUUGAUGACGUUUGCGUGGCCCUGUCUGCUGCCGAAAAAUUGUGUCGAUCCGUCGGCCCGGUACCAUGGCCAUUUGCUGCUUAGUCACAUAAUUGCGCGGCUCGCUAUCCACAAACGCAUCGUUCUACAAGUGUUCCAUUCCCUACUCAAAGCCCACGCAGUUGAGGCACGAAGAGUCGUACAGCAAGCGUUGGAAGUGCUCACCCCAGCGAUGCCCUUGCGCAUGGAAGAUGGCAACACGAUGCUAACGCAUUGGACGAAGAAAAUUAUAGUGGAAGAGGGUCACUCGAUGCAACAGCUGUUCCACAUACUGCAGCUGAUUGUACGCCACUACAAGGUGUACUACCCGGUGCGGCAUCAUCUCGUACAGCAAAUGAUCAACUCCAUGCAGAGGCUCAGUAACGUCGGCAACACUUCGGCCGAGUACCGCAAGCUAACGAUCGAUCUGGCCGAUGUCAUCAUCAAGUGGGAGAUGCAACGGGCUAAGGACGAUACGGACACACGAGCCAGCGCAGAUGGUAACGAAAGUGCUGACGGUUCAAGUAAGCCGCAGGCUAGCGGUGCCAUCAAGCGAACCGCUUCGAGCUUGCAGGACGAUUGUUCCCUUGGAACGGUAAAAAAGAAGCUAGCGCUGGGUGAUACCGAUUCGCAGCCGUCCUCUAGCACGUCGGUUCCCAGUACACCCGCGUCGAAAACCGACGGUGCGAACCGUUCGAUCGAUCGAGCACAACUGGACACGGUGCUUAAUUUUUUGUUCCGUAUGGCGUGCCAGAUAAACGACGCAACACCCGGCACCCACGGAAUCGUUACGGCCGGGGAUAACCUGUCUCGGCGCUGUGUCAACCUGUUGAAGCAAGCGAUCAAACCGGACAGCACGCCGAUCGAUCUAAAGCUGGUCUGGCUGGACAAGGUGUUACUGAACGUCGAGACACAGCCCGCUAGCAUCGGGAACAUUUGCACUGCACUUGAACUGCUCACGUUCCUGUUGGGUGUGCUCAGCAAGGAGCAAAUACUGGGCAUGCUGCGACCAUUGCAGCGAGGUCUCUCGGCGUGCGUUACCUGCUCAAAUACGCGCGUCAUCAAGCUGAUGCACGGUUUGCUGUCCCGGUUGAUGGCCAUCUUCCCGACCGAUGCCCAGCACAAGUGCGACGAUCUGGAGACACUGUAUAGCACGAUCUCGCGCAUGAUUUACGAGGGUCUCGCGACGUACGAGAAAACCUCGCAAGCCAACCCUUCCUCACUGUUCGGCACGCUCAUGACGCUGAAAGCCGCCUGCUCCAACAAUCCUGGUUACAUUGAUCGGCUAAUGCCACCGUUCAUGAGGUUGUUAAAUCGUCUCACAAAAGAUCACCUGACUGGAUUCGGCGGAGCGAUGAGCGGACUUGCUGGGGCAUCCAUAAGCGACAUGGCCAACACGAGCUCGAUCGCGCUCGAGCUGCUCGUGGUGUCACUCGAUCUGGUCAAGAACCGAGUCGUCGUGAUGAGCGUCGAGAUGCGGAAAAUGUUUAUUGGCGCGAUACUGGUUGGGCUGAUAGAAAAGAGCAGCGAUUCGAAGGUGAUCAAGGCCAUUGUCAAAAUAAUCGAGGAGUGGAUGAAGAACAGCAAGAAUACACCGGUGACAGUGCAACAGGCACCGACAUUGCGCGAGAAGGCGAUCCUGCUCGUCAAGCUGAUGCAAUACGUCGAGAAGCGUUUCUCAGACGAUCAUGAGCUGAAUGGGCAGUUCCUCGAGUUGGUCAACUACAUUUAUCGGGAUGAGGUCCUGAAGGCGACCGAGCUAACGUCUAAACUGGAGGCGGCGUUUGUGGCCGGGUUGCGCUGUCCGGUGCCACGUAUACGGGCGAAGUUCUUCGAGGUGUUUGAUGGGUCCAUGCGGCGCCGACUGCACGAUCGAUUGCUGUAUAUUAUUUGCUCUCACUCGUGGGACUCGAUCGGACAGCACUACUGGAUCAAGCAGUGUAUCGAGCUGCUAAUACUGACGGCGAACACCACCACGCAGAUACAAAAUAGCGUCCAAAGUCACCUUCUGCCCAGCAUAUCGUCGGUGAUCAAUUUCGCGGAUCCGGAAGAACGCAAAAACUUCGUUAUUUACACUACAAUCCACAACGACGCGACCGAUUCGUUCGAUCCGAUCGAGGACAAAGAGGACGCCUUCGAUAUGGACAUGAGCGUUGAUUCUAACAUUUCGCGGCACGAGGAAAGCGAACGUCCGGUUGCGAACCGACAUGCCGCCCUCGCCAAGCUGAUCAGCCGACAGGCGGAAUUUAUGGAGGCAAACCGGAAGGUGCGUACGGAACAGCUUCUCGUCGCCACGGCCCAGCUCUGUCACAUGGACACGCAGCUGGCCGAAAAGGUGUGGUUGGACAUGUUCCCGAAGCUGUGGGAGAUUCUGGACCCCAUUCAGCAACAAUCACUCGAUCGUGAAAUUGUACCGUUCCUCGCGUCCGGAGCCCACCUCAUCCAGCGUGAUUGCAAUCCGAGCGCGUUGCACACGUUCGUGGAGGCACUUGCGCAAUGCCAGCCGCCCAUCUACAUGCCACCGAACCUCAUGGGAUACCUGGGGCGGGCGCACAACCUCUGGCACCGGAUGACGCUGAUGUUGGAAUCGUUGGCGGAUGAUUGGGCCAAUGUGAAGCAUCUGCUACCUGCCGAUUGCGUCGAUCUGGAUGACCACGAGCAGGGCAUGCGUGACUGCUCGAUCGUGCGUGAGCCGCUAUCGCACAUGUAUUCCGCCCUUCACGAGGAGGAUCUAUGGGCGGGAUUGUGGCAAAAGUACGCCAAGUACGGCGAGACAAGCCGUGCGAUUGCACACGAGCAGAUGGGAUACUUUGAGGAGGCACAAGCAAUCUACGAUGCGGCAAUGAUGCGCUUCAAGCAGGAUCUUGGCAAUGGCCAGACACCGACGGACAUGAACAGCGAAAUGCUGCUGUGGGAGAAGCAUUGGAUCCGGUGCGCCAAGGAGCUAAACCAGUGGGACAUUCUAAUGGACUUUGGGCAGCUGUGUCGGGACAAGAACCCGUACCUGAUCAUGGACAGUGCGUGGCGCGUGCCCGACUGGAAUUUAAUGAAACAAGCGCUGCUCAAGGUGGAACAAUCGUGCCCCAAGCAAGUUGGCUACAAGAUCAACCUGUACCGGGGCUACCUGGCGAUUCUGAAUCAGGAAGAACACGCUCAGCACGCCGGCGGUAACAUUUCGGUGGAUCGAUACGUCGAGAUGGCCUCGGCGUAUUGUAUGCGCGAGUGGCGUCGUUUGCCCCCGAUCGUGUCGCACAUUCACCUACCGAUUCUGCAGGCGUCACAGCAGAUAAUGGAGCUGCAGGAGGCAAGCCAAAUUCACCAGGGGUUGCUGCAGAACCGAACGACCUCACUGCACGACAUGAAAGCGAUCGUGAAGACGUGGCGCAAUCGAUUGCCGGUCAUCGCGGACGAUCUGUCUCACUGGAGUGACAUUUUCACCUGGCGGCAGCAUCACUAUCAGAUCAUAACGGCGCAUCUCGAACAAAACAACGAACCUAACGCGCAGUGUAUGCUGGGAGCGCACGCGUCCGCCCAGACCAUCAUCCACUUUGGCAAGAUUGCUCGCAAACAGAACCUGACGAGCGUGUGCCAGGAUUCGUUGUCUCGCAUUUACACCAUUCCAUCGGUGCCAGUUGUGGAUUGCUUCCAGAAAAUUCGACAGCAGGUCAAAUGCUGCCUGCAGAUGGCGUCGGUAACGAGCCGAGCGGAACUGUCGGAGGCACUCGAGGUGAUCGAACCGACAAACCUCGACUACUUCACCAAGGAAAUGACGGCGGAAUUUUUCGCCCUCAAGGGCCUUCUGCUAGCGCAAACGGGCCGCUCCGAGGAGGCCAACAAAGCGUUCAGUGCGGCCACCCAGCUACACGACACGCUCAUCAAAGCGUGGGCCUUUUGGGGCGACUAUCUGGAGCACAUGUUCACGCGUGACCACCGGCAGAUGCAUCUGGGUGUUUCGGCUGUCACGUGCUUCCUACACGCUUGCCGCAGUCAAAUCGAGAGCAAAUCGCGAAAGUACCUCGCCAAGGUGCUGUGGCUGCUGUCGUACGAUGACGACAAAUGGUCGCUGCUGGAUGCGCUUGAUAAGUACGCGGUCGGAGUACCACCGGGCCAGUGGGUUCCGUGGAUUCCGCAGCUGCUGUGUAGUUUGGUGCAGUACGAGGGUAACGUCAUCAUGAACCUGCUCAGCCAGGUGGGACGUAUGUUUCCGCAGGCCGUUUACUUCCCGAUUCGGACGCUUUACCUUACACUGAAGAUAGAGCAACGCGAACGGUACAAGAGCCUCGAACAGCAGCAGGCUUUGGUUGGGCAGAAGGCGGGUGGAGCGACGCCAGCAAACGCAACGGCGGCCGGAACGGCUACGACGACUCCGAUUCGGGCAACCCCACCGAUGUGGCGGUGCUCGAAGAUCAUGCACCUACAGCGGGAUAUUCACCCGACCGUCCUAAGCUCGCUGGAGGGCAUCAUCGACCAGAUGGUGUGGUUCCGGGAGAACUGGUACGAGGAAGUGCUGCGCCAGCUACGCCAAGGGCUGACAAAGUGCUACGCCAUCGCGUUCGAUAAUCACGGUGCCGUGAACGAGGCAACCAUCACGCAACACACGCUCAAUUUCAUCAAGAAGUUGGUGUCCACGUUUGGCAUCGGCAUAGAGAACAUCUCCAGUUCGGUUUCGGCGACGUUUGUUUCCGCUGCAUCGGAAUCGCUGGCGCGCCGAGCGCAGGCGACAGUGCAGGAUCCCGUAUUCCAAAAGAUGAAGGGUCAGUUUUCGAGUGAUUUCGAUUUCACGCAACCCGGUGCCAUCAAGCUGCACAACCUCAUCAUGAAGCUGAAAAUGUGGAUCAAGAUUCUCGAGACGAAAACCAAGCAGCUGCCAAAGUCGUUUUUGAUCGAGGAAAAGUGCCGCUUUUUGUCCAACUUUAGUCAAAAGACGGCCGAGGUGGAACUGCCCGGUGAGCUGUUGCUGCCGAAAAACUCCCACUACCACAUCCGUAUCGCACGCUUCAUGCCCCGAGUCGACAUCGUGCAAAAGCACAACACGGCUGCCCGGCGGCUUUACAUCCGGGGCACCAAUGGCAAGAUAUACCCGUACCUCGUGGUGAACGAUACGGGCAUUGCGGAUGCACGGCGCGAAGAACGUCUGCUGCAGCUGCUGCGUAUGCUUAACUCGUAUCUAGUCAAGCGCAAGGAAACGUCCCGUCGCUUCCUGUACCUCACCGUGCCGCGUGUCGUUGCCGUCUCACCGCAGAUGCGCCUGGUGGAGGACAAUCCGGCGAGUGUUUCCCUGCUGGAGGUGUACAAAUCGUGCUGCACGAAACUCAACAUCGAACACGACGCGCCCAUCACGCGGUACUACGACCGGUUGGCCAAGAUACAGGCGCGCGGUUCCCCGACAAAUCAUGUCAUCCUGCGCGACAUCCUUAAGGAGACGCAAGCGCAGAUGGUGCCCAAAACGCUGCUCAAGGAGUGGGUCGUACGAACGUUCCCGUGCGCUACUGACUACUGGCAGUUCCGCAAAAUGUUCACCCUUCAGCUGGCCCUUUCCUGUCUGCUCGAGUACGCGCUCUGCCUGACGCGACUCAACCCGGACAUGAUGUACCUGCACCAGGAUUCGGGCCUGAUGAACGUGUCGUACUUCCGCUUCGAGAUGGACGAUAGCACUGGUUUGCUGGACGUGAACCGGCCGGUGCCGUUCCGCUUGACCCCGAACAUAGUGGAAUUUGUCUCUUCCGUAGGGGUGGCUGGUCCACUGACGGCCUCCGCCGUUGCCACCGCUCGGUGUCUCAUACAGCCUAGCUUUAAGCUGACGACGAUUCUGAAGGCAAUCCUGAAGGACGAAAUGAUAGCGUUCCACAAGAAGCGCUUGAUCGACGAGAAGGUGCUCGUCGAUCAGUCGGGCACGGGAAGUGCCACCGGUUCGUCAUCGUCCAGCGCCAUCUCGUCGACCACGUCGGCCACAACAACGACGACGGGUGGUGGGUCGGCGUCGCAAGCUACCGCAAACACCACCACCGCUGCUGAGCAAGACAACGUGUCCAUCGACAUUGACGCGGAAACGGUCAUUACGACGGUGAACAAAGCCGUCGGUACGAUUAUGGGCCGUUUGAACAAUCUUUCCCGCAUCGAUAGUGGGGAAGCGAACCGGAUGAGCGCGUUUGUGCACGUGGCCACCAACCCGGACAAUCUCUGCCUCAUGGAUCCGGCGUGGCACCCGUGGUUGUAAAACCAUAGUCCUAGGAAAAUGGAAAGGACGCGAAUGUAAAACUGAUUAUGUGCUGAUUUCUUUUUUUUAACUACCGAUAAAUAGAUAAGCAGAAUGAUGUA